GAAAAAAAUGGAAAUUGACCAAAAAGUACUUGCAUUAAACUCAUAUUGACGAAAUUCCCUCCCUCUCUGGAUCCUUUCAAACCAUUGUCGUCUUCUUCUUCUUCUUCUUUGUGCUCCUCAGUCGAAGCCCACCGUUUCAGACUCACCAUCAAAUUCAACCUCACCCAUUUCCCUUUCUUCUCCAUUAAUCUUCUUCCAGCUUCAAACCAUGAGCAGAUUCAGCAGAUUCCAGUUCAUUGACCCUUACUACUCCCACUCCCCUUCUCUUCUUCUCACCCAAGCCGAGUCCUCCGUUCUCCUCCCCAAACCUCUCUCAUUCCCCUGCCAUUCCUUCGUCGACGAAGUCGAUGACUUCGAUUUCGCCUUCGACCUCUUGACCCAUCGUCCUCUUCGACCUUCCCCUUUCGACGUCUUCGAUUCCUUCACCGAUCUGGUUCAGAUCGACGAGGCGCCGUUGUUUUCGUCUUACCGCCAGAUUCGCAGAGUUGAGCGAUCGAGAGAUGACGUUUUGUUGCAGAGGCUGACCGAUCGAGUUACUGAGCUGGAGGCGCGGUUUGAGCGGCUGAGUAGUGCGAGGGUUAGUCGGUAUGGCGAUCGGAAGUACACAUGGACGAAGGAGAUCAUAGGAGUGGAGAAGAAUGGUGUUGAUCGGAAGUAUAAGUUGGUAGCUGAGAUUAAAGAUGGGAAGAAGAACAAAGAGGGAAAGAAUGAUGGGGUUUUGCAGAACUAUAAGUGGAGUGCUGAGAUUAAAGGAAAGGACGAGAGGGAUCCGAUUAGGAAGUAUACCGUCGAGGUGUCGAGUGGAAAAGGAAGUGAGAGUACUGAAAAGAAAGACGAGAAGAAAAAGAAGGGGAAGAAGGUUGGGAAUGAGACGCGUGUUGUUGAGAUUCAAGACACUGAUGAUCAAGGAGCUGUCGUUUUAAGACAGGCCUUUGCCAAGAGAACUAGAGUUGUGGAAAAUAAGAAGGGUAAGAAGAAGGAGUUGUCUCCUCAAGAUGCAGCUGCUAUCAUUCAAAUAAGUUUCAGAGAAUACCUAAUUCACAGGUCAAAGGUUCUUCGUGCUCUUAGAGAACUUUCAGUUGCCAAGACAAAGUUGAAAGAGAUCAGGGAAGCCUUCAAUAAUUUUGCUUACAGUCAGCGGCUAGCUCGGGAUGCAGAGGAGCGCCAGAGGUUCACUGAAAAAAUAAUUGUCUUGAUCCUCACUGUCGAUGCCAUUGAGGGAGUUGAUUUGAUGGUACGAGCUGCGAAGAGGUCAAUGAUAGUUGAACUAGAAGCCAUGCUUGAUGUGGUCGAUCCCCAACCUGCUAAAAGAUCAAUUUCCUUUCGGAGAAGGACGUUUGAUAUGCCCAGUGGAAGCAUCAAUAAGGAAAUUGCAGCUGGUGUAGCUCAGGUAGUCGAGUUGAUUGAUCAAGCAGAGAACGGUGUCAAAGCUUUUGAGGCCUCCGAAUAAAGAGACGUACUUCUCUUUCGAGUUUCAAAUAAGGUUCCUGUAGAAGAUAAAGCGGCUUAGUUGACGAGAUGUCUUACGCCUUUGGUAUGUUUCGGUCUAGGACAGAGCUUUUGAUUAUGCUGUACUAACGUUGUUGAGUUUAGUAGUUGAUUGCCUUUCAAGUGCUCGUGCUUCUGCAUUUGCUUGUAUUGUGGGUUUUGAUUGUAAUGUGUCGAAACUAUAUUUUAUCUAAACAUUUCCCUUGUGGAUUGAUAUCUAUGCCAUAUGAAACCUUUGGGAGUUGUUUGUUU